AUGAAAUCCAAGUUUAGUAACAGCAAUCUGAAAGCAAUCAUACCAAGCAUGAGGAGAUUGCUUCAAACCAUACAGAGCACGGCGAAGUCGCUAAACUUGUCCAGAGGAAUGCGAAAGAACUCUCAUCCUUAUUAUAUAUAUAUUUUUUGUUCUCUCAGAUUUGCUCUCGACAUCGAUCUUGAUGCUCCAAAAGUUAGAGUUCCUAUAAGAACAUGUGGUUCUUCCAAAUGUGAUUGCCAUUUUCUUUUGGAUUUUGGUCAUUUCACAUUGUAUACUAAGGGAGAUCAGCUUGGUGAUCAGGGGAAAAGUUUGUACUCUUGUUUCUAUAUUUCUGGAGAUAUAGCAGCCUUUUUUACUGGUUGUGGUUAUGACAGUCAGAGCUGCGCUUUGGUGUCUCCUGUAUCUCCCAUGUUGAAAGAUUCUGAUAACCUCUGGUCUGUGAUUGAUAGGUGUGGUAUGGCAGUUAUUGUUGAUCAGAUCAAAGUACCUCAUCCAAGUUACCCAUCAACGCGUGUAUCUGUCCAAGUGCCGAGCCUUGGCAUACACUAUUCUCCAGCCAGAUAUUGUAGACUUAUGGAAUUGUUUAAUAUACUCUAUGGCACAACUCAAAGUAGUGGUCAGCCUGAGUUCGAAAAUUUUCAAGCUGAUUUUCUCCCUUGGAAUCCCCCAGAUCUUGCAACUGAAGCUCGAAUCCUUGUUUGGAGAGGAAUUGGUUAUUCUGUUGCUGCAUGGCAUCCCUGUUUUAUUGUGUUGUCUGGAUUAUAUCUUUAUGUGUUGGAAUCGGAAAUGUCCCAGAACUAUCAGAGAUGCUCUAGCAUGGCUGGCAAGCAAGUAGAUGAAGUUCCCCCAAUGAAUGUUGGUGGUUCAGUCUCUUGUCUUGCUGUUAGUGUUAGGGGUAUGGACACUCAGAAGGCUUUGGAAUCAUUUAGUAUCCUGGUGAUAGAGUUUCUGGAUGAGGAGGAGAAAGGCACUUGGUUGAGAGGACUCAUGCAAGCCACUUAUCGAGCUUCAGUAUAUACGGAUUAUUAUUAUUAUUAUUUGCACAUUCUUCAUGUCGUGCAUGUUAUUCGGUUGGAAGGUGAUUUGACCGUCAAGAUGAAGCUACAUUCAUUGAAAAUCAAAGAUGAGCUUCAAGGAUCUUUAUCUUCAGGUCCAAAGUAUUUAGCCUGCUCUGUGCUGAAGAAUGACCCUUUAUUUGCUUCCCCUAGCACUUUAGAUCCUCUGGUGAAGGAGGUGCCCGCAGUAAUCUCAGAGGAGGAUGAUAUUUUCAAGGAUGCUUCGCCCGAUUUCAUGUCUUUGCCUGAUUACUCACAAAAUUUUGAUAUGGCUUUUGCCUCAAGAUCAGGUGAUAUUAGUGAAUAUGCUGAGUUUGAUUCUGUUGGAGACUUAGUUCGUGAGAAGGAGAUGGGAAAAGGUAGAAGCACAACUGGUGAUGUUUUUUAUGAAGCAGAGGGCAGUGACAACUCUGAUUUUGUAUCUGUUACAUACUUGACAAGGAAUCCUAGUUCACCUGAUUAUGAUGGUAUAGAUACACAGAUGAGCAUUCGCAUGUCGAAAUUGGAAUUCUUUUGCAACAGACCCACUGUUGUUGCUUUAAUUGGUUUCGGCUUCAAUCUAAGCUCUGCAAGUAUUGGGACAAGUGAUACAAGCGUGACAACAAUUUCAGAUGAUCAAUCUUUAGUGAACAAAGACGAGACAGAAGAAACUGGGCAUGCUUUGGUUAAAGGCUUGUUGGGAUAUGGUAAAGGUCGUAUAGUAUUCUAUUUGAACAUGGAUGUUGACAGUGUGUCCGUGUUUCUAAAUAAAGAGGAUGAUUCUCAGCUUGCAAUGUUUGUGCAAGAGAGUUUUGUGUUGGAUCUCAAGCUUCAUCCUAGUUCUAUAUCAAUUGAAGGCACAUUAGGAAAUUUCAGGCUCUGUGAUAUGUCUCUUGGAAUGGACCACUGUUGGGGGUGGCUUUGUGAUAUACGCAAUCAGGGGGCUGAAUCUCUUAUCAAGUUUACUUUCAAUUCUUAUAGUGCUGAAGAUGACGAUUAUGAAGGAUAUGAUUACAGCUUGCAAGGCCGAGUUUCUGCAGUUCGCAUUGUCUUCCUCUAUAGGUUUGUUCAGGAGAUAACUACCUACUUUAUGGAACUUGCAACCCCGCAUACUGAAGAAGCAAUUAAACUUGUUGAUAAAGUUGGAGGCUUUGAGUGGCUGAUUAAUAAAUAUGAGAUUGAUGGAUCCUCAGCAUUGAAGCUGGACCUUUCACUCGAUACUCCAAUAAUAAUCGUACCAAGAAAUUCCAUGCGUACAGAUUUCAUGCAACUUGAUCUGGGUCAUCUACAAGUGAGAAAUGAAUUUAGUUGGCAUGGAUGCCCAGAGAAAGAUCCUUCAGCCGUCCAUCUUGAUGUUCUUGAUGCAGAGAUUUUGGGAAUCAACAUGGCCGUAGGAAUCAUUGGUUGUAUUGGUAAGCCAAUGAUACGGGACGGACAAGGAAUUAAUGUUAAUGUACGGCGUAGUUUGAGGGAUGUCUUUCGGAAAGUUCCAACAUUUUCAUUAGGAGUGAAGGUGGGUUUACUGCAUGCUGUGAUGUCUGAUAAAGAGUAUAAUGUUAUUCUGGAUUGUUUCUACAUGAACUUAUCUGAACAACCAAAGCUUCCUCCAAGUUUUCGUGGAAGCAAGUCUGGUUCAAAAGAGACAAUGCGGUUGCUAGCUGAUAAGGUCAAUAUCAAUAGUCAAAUCUUACUCUCGCAUACUGUUACAAUAAUAGAAAUGGAAGUGGACCAUGCAUUGCUAGAGUUGUGUAGUGGCGUUCAUGAGGAUUCACCUCUGGCUCAUGUUGCUCUAGAAGGUCUUUGGGUAUCAUACUGGAUGACUUCUUUAUCAGAAGCAGACCUUUAUGUGACCAUUCCCAGAUUUUAUGUUCUGGAUAUUCGCCCUGAUACCAAACCUGAAAUGCGGUUGAUGCUUGGAUCCUGUACUGAUGUUCCAAAACAAGCUUCAACUGGGAAAUUCCCUUUUUCGUUAAAUAAAGGUGGCUUUAUGAGAAUGGACUCUCAAGCUGCACCAGGCAUCGAUGUUCUAACUUCAACUAUGUUCUUAAUGGAUUAUAGAUGGCGAUUGUCAUCACAAUCAUUUGUGUUCCGGAUUCAGCAGCCACGUGUUCUUGUCGUUCCAGAUUUUCUUCUUGCUGUUGGUGAGUAUUUUGUUCCUUCCUUGGGAGCAAUAACAGGGAGGGAGGAAUUGAUGGAUCCAAAGAAUGAUCCCACACGUAGAAACAACAGCAUAGUACUCUCUGCUCCUGUUUACGAACAGAUUGAAGAUAUAAUGCACUUGUCACCAAAUAGACAGUUAGUUGCAGAUGCCUUAGGGGUUGAUGAAUAUACAUAUAAUGGUUGUGGAAAGACUAUUCACUUAAGUGAAGAACCAUAUUUGAAGGAAGUCCAUUCAUCAAAAUUUCGACCUAUCAUCAUCCUUGGACGUGGAAAGAGGUUACGAUUUGUAAAUGUGAAAAUUGAGAAUGGUUCUCUUUUGAGGAAGUAUACCUACUUGAAUAAUGAUAGCAGCUACUCGGUCUCCCUUGAAGAUGGUGUUGAAAUUUUGUUGCUGGACAACUUUUCUUCUAAUAGUGAUGAAAAGAAUCCAGAUUGUAUGAAAGAAUUAUCAUGUAGUUCAAAUACUUCCGCCUAUGAUAAUGAUUCAUUCAAAAAGCAAAGUUUCACUUUUGAAGCACAGGUUGUUUCUCCUGAGUUCACCUUCUAUGACAGUUCAAAAUCAUCCCUUGAUGAUUCCUCUCAUGGAGAAAAGCUUCUUCGUGCGAAAAUGGAUUUUAGUUUAAUGUAUGCAUCAAAAGAAAAUGAUACUUGGAUUUGGACACUUGUGAAGGAUUUAACUGUUGAGGCUGGUUCUGGUCUUAUUGUUCUUGAUCCAGUGGAUAUUUCAGGGGGAUAUACAUCUGUUAAUGAUAAAACUAGUGUGUCUCUGGUAUCAACUGAUAUAUACUUCCAUCUUUCUCUAAGUGUAAUUUCUCUUCUACUGAACUUGCAAACUCAGGCAGCUUUGGCGUUGCAAUUGGGAAACACCGAUCCCAUGGCUCCUUGUACCAACUUUGACCGACUAUGGGUGUCCCCAAAAGAAAGUGGUUGCCAUAACAACCUUACCUUUUGGAGACCACGAGCACCUUCAAAUUAUGUGAUAUUGGGAGAUUGUGUAACAUCAAGGUCAAUUCCUCCUUCACAGGCAGUACUGGCUGUGAGUAAUACUUACGGACGUGUAAGGAAACCUCUUGGGUUCAAGCUUAUAGGCUUAUUCUCUGAUAUUCAAGGAUUGGAGGCAGGUGAAGGCCAAUCUGAUGUUGAUGGUGGUUGUUCUCUUUGGAUACCAGUUGCACCGCCAGGAUACUUGGCAUUGGGAUGUGUUGCACAUAAAGGGAGCCAACCGCUGCCUAAUCACAUUGUCCAUUGUAUACGUUCUGAUCUUGUAACAUUCACAACAUAUUCAGAAUGUAUAUUCGGUGCCUCCUCUAAUCGCUGCUUUACAUAUGGAUUUAGCAUAUGGUGUUCAGACAAUGUUCUAGGGUCAUUUUAUGCCCAUCCUUCAGAUGAAUAUCCCCCAAAAGACAGUUGUUAUGACCUGAAUCAUCUUCUUCUAUGGAACUCAAGUUGGCAUUCUUCAUCGACAAAAGAACCUACCUCAAAUCAAACCACUCAGCAUGUGUAUGUAAGUCAACAAUCAAGUAACUCUUAAAGCUUCUAAUCAUGAUCAAGCUUCUCCAGCUCCAGCUACUCAGUCGACAGCUUCAGCUUCCUCUUCAUCAUCAGCACCUGCAACUGCUGUGGCUACAUCAUUGCAUCAGUUAGACAGUUAGACAGUUACAGAAGAGUUAACAGAGUAGUUAGAUAGUUACAGAAUUAACUAGAGUUAGUUAGUUUGUUAUGCAUUAGUUAGUUUGAACCAGAGUUAGUUUGUGUAGGUUAUAAAUAUCUUCAUUUCUGUAAAUUGUAGUAUGGAUUCUUU